GAUAAAUGUAAUGCCUUUUGGUCCUAUAUAAAUUAAUUUUAGUUUUGGAUUGAAAGUGUUGGUUUUCAAGAUGAGAAUCAUUGCUCGAUCAAUAUAAACAAGUUCUCUUGACAGCAUGUUUGAAUCGACUGCUUUUAGAUUUUUGAAACAGUUUCUGACCUGGGAUUGUUAACACAGACCUUGAGGACACAUCCAGUGUUUUCCAAAAAAUUAACCUGCGCGCCACUCUCAAUUGUUCUGAAAUUGAAAAAGGCAAUCAAUAAUCUUUCAACAGGUUUUUCUUAGAAUACCAUGCUGACCUGGGCCAUGCACCAAAGAAACGUCUGGCACCAAAGAAACACAUAACAUUUCUGGUGGAACUGUGCAAGAAGAAGAUGAUCUAAUGCAUACGGAAAUCCCAAAGAAGAAGCUUCUUGAACUUAUGAAAGUGAGCAUGGAUGCUCAGUAUGCAAACACACAACUUAACAUCUUUACCAGUUUCAUUGCUGGUAAAGUGAAAGAAUUUCUUAAAGRAGGAAAGUGGCAAGGUGAAGGGGGAUUACGAGUGUCUGCAGGCACCACUCUAAAGCAGGCACAAGAAAAUUGCCUACUAGCCCAAAGCAUUCUCAACAGUGAUGAGAUAGUAUUUGGUUGCUAUCGGGUAAAAGGGCAUGGAGUGGUGACCCUUAACAGAAAGCAUGGCAAAGCUUUCAUAGGAAACAAGCUGUCCCACAUGAGAAAACCAAGUGCAUAUAAAGGGAAAGAAACAGGGCAAAGUGUGAGGUCUUGUGCCAGGAAAGAGAAUACAAGUAAAGAAAAGGUAAAAAAAGCUAACAAGGAGCAAUCUUGUAACACAAAGAAAACUGAAAAGGUAAGUUUUGYAAGGCUCUAUCACCAUGUUUUA